AUGAACGAUGUUGAUAAUAUGGUGCUGGAUAUAUUAGGAAAGGAGUCUCCAGUAAUUGUUGGUCUUGGGGUGCCAGAAUCGUUGGUCGAUGCAGAACCGCUACCUCAAGACAGCAUAUCAAUAGAACAGCUAACAUUAUUAACGCAAGACCCUGGCGUGCCCUCAACUUCCUGCAUAGUGUCUAAGCUAUUUUUCACGGAAAGAAAGGAAUGGAAAUGUAAGUCUUGCAUAGAAAAUUGUUCUGUUGAUCAAAAUCCUAGCGAUAAUAUUUCUGAUUUGAAACAUAAAGUUAUUUUUAAUGGAUAUAUGAAAAGGGAAAAUGAACUUUUAUCUAAUUUGAAUCACGAACUAAAAUUAAAUAAUGAACUUCUUCAAGAAAAAGUUAAAGAUUUGUCCGACAAAUUAUCGUCAAUUCCUAUCUCAAAUAGUGUUUUUGCUGCCAGUGGCAGUGGGCCCUCUUUUUACAGUGAUAUGCUAAAGAAACCAGUGGCUAACAAAAUGCCAUCGUCAAGUCUCCUAAUACAAACAAUAAAUAAAGGGAACAAUUCAAAUGUUUUAGAGGAUAUUCAAAAAUGUGUAAAUCCUGUAGAUUUAAAAGUAUGCAUUAAUGGUACAAAAAAAACUAAGAAUGGUUUAAUUAUAAAUUGUGAUAAUCAAAAAUCUCUGGAUAAACUUAAAACUUCUAUAAAUAAUCAACUUGGUAAGAAAUAUACUGUCAGUGAAGCCAAAAAGUUUAACCCGCGACUUAUUAUAAAAAAUGUUGAUAUAGAUGAAGAUAUGUCCUACGAAGAAAUAGCUAACACUAUUUUCUCUCUCAACCAAAUGGAUGCCUUUAGUUCCUGUGAUCUUAAAAUUGUUACUGUGCUAAGAUAUUCUCAAAAGACAUAUUGUGAUAUUGUUUUGGAAGUUUCCCCUUUGUUAAGAAAUCACUUAUUGCAAAAAUCUUUUGUGUAUAUAGGCUGGAAGGGAUGUCCGGAUCUAAGAAAGGAUGUAAGAAAGGAUGUAAGAAAGGAUGUAAGAAAGGAUGUAAGAAAGGAUGUAAGAAAGGAUGUAAGAAAGGAUGUAAGAAAGGAUGUAAGAAAGGAUGUAAAAAAGAAUGUAAGAAAGGAUGUAAGAAAGGAUGUAAGAAAGGAUGUAAGAAAGGAUGUAAGAAAGGAUGUAAGAAAGGAUGUAAGAAAGGAUGUAAGAAAGGAUGUAAGAAAGGAUGUAAGAAAGGAUGUAAGAAAGGAUGUAAGAAAGGAUGUAAGAAAGGAUGUAAGAAAGGAUGUAAGAAACUAUGUAAGAAAGGAUGUAAGAAAGGAUGUAAGAAAGAAUGUAAGAAAGGAUGUAAGAAAGAAUGUAAGAAAGGAUGUAAGAAAGGAUGUAAGAAAGGAUGUAAGAAAGGAUGUAAGAAAGGAUGUAAGAAAGGAUGUAAGAAAGGAUAUAAGAAAGGAUGUAAGAAAGGAUGUAAGAAAGGAUGUAAGAAAGGAUGUAAGAAAGGACGUAAGAAAGGAUGUAAGAAAGGAUGUAAGAAAGGAUGUAAGAAAGAAUGUAAGAAAGGAUGUAAGAAAGGAUGUAAGAUGUAAGAAAGAGUGUAAGAAAGGAUGUAAGAAAGGAUGUAAGAAAGGAUGUAAGAAAGGAUGUAAGAAAGGAUGUAAGAAAGGAUGCAAGAAAGGAUGUAAGAAAGGAUGAGGAAACAGUAGAAGAGAUUAUUGGUACUCCAACUACAUCCAUAAGUUUAUUUAUUGA